GAAAACAAAACCAAGAAGCAGAGUUGCUGAAUAAGACUAGAAGUUUAAAAAAAUCUGUUCUAGAUACCUCAGCAAAUGCAAGCAGAACAGUAGGUUUUAAUAAAAACUAUGUUUGUAAGAAACCUCUGAAAAAAAGUCAAGAUCAAGAUAAAAUCAAAAAAAAGUUAGACAUAACAGUUAGUGAAGAAACACAUCAGGAAUUGCCAGAACCAAAACAAACAGAACACAUGCUACAAAAUAGUCAUAUGGAAUAUAAUAACAACAAGACACAAGGUACAAGUCAUGAACUUAGUCUAGGAAUGAAUCUUGAUGAUAAGAAAGUAGAGCAACCAAAAGCAGAAAUCGAAGCCAAUGGUAGCUCUCCAAAUAAUAAAGAAAUAGAACAACCAAAAAUGGAAACUGAAAUAAAUAAUAACACUAAAAGCACUCAAUUCAUGCUUCCAGAGAAAACAAUACAAAAGGAAAUUGCAUUAAAUAUACAAGAAAUAUGGCAAGAAAAUGGUCUACAUAACCCAAUAGCAUCUUUAUACAAUAAUAUGUCAAUGGUUAAAAUGUUGACAAACAUUAAACAAGAAGAUUCUAAUGGGUUUAAACUAUCUUAG